AUGGCGUAUAGGGAGAUCGAUCGAGCGCUUGUCACUGCGCUCGCGGAGAGGUGGAGACAGGAGACGCACUCCUUCCACCUACCUGUUGGUGAGACGACCGUUACGUUACGGGACGUGGCGAUUCUUACGCGCCUUCCAGUACAUGGGUCUGCGGUGACAGGACACGCGUUAGUCGAUCCCGUCGGUUUGGUUGGUCGGGUACUUGGUGUCCAGCCAGGUCCCGCCGAUAUUAGAGGAUCCGGGUUGAGGACCGGCUGGGUCCGUGAGACUUUCCGUGAGCUACCACCAGGGGCUGAUGACGCCCAGGUUCAGAGAUACGCCCGGGCGUACUUGUUCUUCCUCAUCUCGGGCGUGUUGUUCGGGAAUAAGAGCGGGAGCCAUCUCCAGCUCAUUUACGUGCAGCUGUCCCCUGAUUGUCCUCCAGGUACCUCACUUAUUUCUGUACCAAAAAAACUAUUUCACCACGCACUUACAUAUUUCAUACUGAAGCUAGUUUUGUGUCUCUGUGUGCCAGUUCUGGGCUUGGGAGCAUAUCCAUGUAGGCAGACCAGGCAGACCUGCGAUACACCGUCGGGGGAGCAGGACCAGGACGACCAGUACCAGGCGUACGAUGCUCCCCCGCUCCCUACACCGGAUGAGGCAUAUGGUUGCAGGUGGGUGGUACCCAGGCUGACACAUGCUCAUGCGGCGAGGGGUCUUCCGUAUUACCGAGACGCCCUAGACCGACUCACCGAGGACCAGGUGACAUGGGACCCGUAUGUACCUGACUUGGUAGAUGCCAUGCCUCCACAUCUGCUAGACCAUCAGGCGGAGUGGCGUGCUAGGGUCCCCCUGAUCUGUUUCGAGGUUGUGGAGAGUCACCUGCCCGACCGAGUCAUGAGGCAGUUUGGACUACGCCAGACUAUCCCACAGGGGUGUGACACUAGUGUACAGCUUCACGGCAUUGAUCGUCGGGGAAAGGGGGAGACCAGCUGGGCGCUGGAGCAUUGGCGUUUCCUUCAGCUAUGGGAGCAACGGUUGGAGUUCAUCGUUGGAGGUGAUCUAAUGCAGGGGGCUAUGGAUCCCGACGAUCCGUACAUGGUGUGGUACAGGCGUAUCACACGACGCUUCAUCAACCCCAGCUACGCACCACCAUCCACACAUUACCAUCCAGCAUAUGACAUCAUUAGCGGAUAUGCGGCGGAUAUGGUGGCGAUGGUUGAUGCGCUAUCAGUCUCCCUUGAGUGCGGACCCACUAGAGCCCAGGUCGAGCAGGUGCGAGAUAUGGGCGUCGCUACCUUACGGAGAUAUGGUCACGCUCAUCUCGCCCACCGGCGGGACGGUCAUGAUGGCAACUCACAGUUCGAUCUCGGCCAGAGCAGCGGUGGAUGUGAUCCUACGUCACCCAGACACGCAGAGGAUUACAACAUCCACAGUACUGCGCCCUCUGGUACCCAGGAGGACCCCUCGUCCAGUCAGCUGACUCCCCCACCGCCCCGAGACCCAUUCACCACCGUCACUCAUUACAGGCGGCGACGUGUCAGACGGAGGGCCGACACUCAGGAGGCAGGACCUUUACCCCGAAUAAAUGAGUCGGGCUAGUAUUAUCUGUUGUAUUCCCUGUUAUUUUGUGUAAUGAUGUACAUAACACUUAUGAAAUUAAUAUAAUAAAUCUUUUUUGAAUGACUCCGUGUGUGCUUUGAAGUUAAUUUGGUGGUUGGACUGUUGUUGGGCUGUUUCGAGUUUUCUGCAGUGCUUAAAGUUGACGGAACUCCCAGAAUAUGGUGGUGGUACGUGGUGGGGAGUGGCGGAGUUGGUGGUCGACGGUGGUGGGGUAGGGCUGUGGAGCUGGCUGUUGUGGUGGCUGUUGGAGGACUGCAGCAUGCAAGCUGUUUGCUGAAGCUUGUUUUCUGCCUGGAUGCUGGUUGCUGUUUCCAGCAGAAAAGCGCUGUCUGAG